AUGGAAUAAUUUAAUGGAAAACCUUCGGUAAUUUAUAUAUCAAAAUAAAGGAUAACAUUUUAAUCACAUAACCAUUAACCAAACAAAAGUACCCAGCACUAUUUCAUGAUGAGAGGUUUGGAAAAGAUUUUGAGUCGAAUUACUCAAAGCUUUAGGAAAUCAUGGAUGUAAAUUUAUGUUAUGACUUUAGAACUUGUAAGGGAAGGUCGAAUAAAUUGUUAAGAGUUAAGAAGAUGAUUUUAUGAAAGCAUAUAAAGAUCAAAUGAAUGAAUUGCAAGUUGAUUUGAAGGCUAUGAAAAGAAAAAUUGAUGAGGAGUCAUUAAAAUAAAAAGCAGAUGAGAAAAAACGAAUUUUAGAAGAAGAGAGAGAUUACUUUAGACAAGAAGCACUUAGAUUAGAUAAUUUGAACAAAGAAUAGCUGAGAACAAUUGAAGAAUUAAAGUUCAAGUUAAAAAUUACAAUCGAAGAAAAAAAUUAUUAUGAAGGUUUUGUAAUAGGUACAGCUAUACAUUUACUAUCUUUAAGAUUCAAAGAAAGAAAACAAAGCAUUAAAAUUUGAACUCUUAUAAUUAUAUAAAUAGAAAAUGGAAGAUUAAAAAGCCUUAAAUAGAAUUCAAUAACAAUAAUAAACACAGUAAAUUACCAAAUUGAAUUCUAAAAAACAAUCUGAUAAUAGACCACUAACCUAAGAAGGAAUCAGAUCAGAAGCCAAUUUAUUCAUCAAGGAUGAUUUUAAUUCUGAAUUUAUAAAAAGAGAACAAUCUUCAAAAGGAGGAUUCAGAUCAUAAUUAUCUACUAAAAAUAACGAUUAAGCAUCGACAUAAUUUGACUUUUUUAGAAGAGAAAUAUCUACCCAAUAAUAAAGCAGGUUUCACCCAGAAAAUUAAAUGGUAUUCUUUAUAUAUUACUUUUAGUUAGAAGAAAGAAAUAAUUAAAUUGCAGAAUUAAAGUAAUUGUUACAAAAAGAAAAGUUCUUAUGUUAAUAAUUAAAGUGUGAAUUGUAAAAACAAAAUUCUUAAAGAGGAGAACUUGAAGUUGUGUUACUGGAUUGUGUGAAUUAACUUAAGAAAGAUAUUGCAUCUAGGCAGACAGUUUAAAAAUAACCAUUUUUGGGUAACAGCAAUAAAACUCCCAAAGUUGCCGAGUAGAUUGCCUUUGAAGAUAUUGACUAUCGAUAAUUCACCCAUUAAGAUAAAAAGUAAUCAUUUUAAUCUUAACAAAGAGCACUUCUCAAGAAAUUCUUAAGCUCUGAAUAAUUUUUAGAUUAAAUAUAUUAACUUACUUUCAAUAGUCAAAUGGCUAGCACAUCUUAAUUAAAGCUUAAUGAGAAAUGGAAACAAGAUGCAAAUGAUGCUACCAAGAAAUUCAAUAAUUUUAAAAUAUAUAAGUUUAGAAACAUUACCAGCUAACGUAUUAUUUAAUUCUAUACUAGCUAUUGUAAAAUAAGUGAUAUCGAAAUAAGAAUAAAACAUUUUGUCAGAAUUAUAGGAAAAAGUCGAUUAAGGAUAAGAACUAGUGGAUCAAAUUGUAUAAAAUUGA